AUGAGUAGUAGUAGUAGCGUGAGUAGUAGUAGUGUGAGUAGUAGUAGUAGUAGUAGUAGUAGUAGUGUGAGUAGUAGUAGUAGUGUGAGUAGUAGUAGUAGUAGUAGUAGUAGUAGUAGUAGUAGUAGUAGUAGUAGUAGUAGUAGUAGUAGUAGUAGUAGUAGUAGUAGUAGUAGUAGUAGUAGGUGA